AUGCCAUCUCUCGAAGGUCUUGAUGCACCCGAUGCGAUCCUCAGCACAGCCCGCUACGACCCACCGCUGAGCUCACUCGACAAGAACUCGCUCACCCAACCCCCCUCGGCACCCUCCCCGUAUGGCUUACUGGCGUAUCACCACGACCGAUUGGUCCAGGCAGCGGCUGCGUUCGCUUGGACGAGCGCCGCGCAGAGCCUCGAGGGUGAACAGGGGCUCAUCAGGCUACGUCGGCGACUCGAUCAAGCCGUCUCGCGGUGGCAGACACAGAACGCUGACAAGUCAGAUCAACCACUUCGUGUGAGUUUGCCUACAAGGAUGCUCGGAGAUGAAGCCUCGUACUCAGUUCGUUGGUGUACUCUGCCACAGCUGCGGAUUCUGGUCUCCCCCACUUCGGCCGAUGACGACCUCAUCACCGUCCAAGCUUUCGCAUGCAACCCCAUCACCCCAAUCUCCAACUUUUUCAACCUCGCACUGGCGAAUCCGACGACACUGAAUGCGCUUUCGUCCUCUUCGACCUUCACCUACAUCCCCGUACGGCUCGACCCCGCCCGUACCUCUCCUUCCCUCUUGACGCAAUACAAGACAACCGCUCGCGACCAUUACCUCGCCUCUCGGGAGCGGGCAGGUUUAGGCAGAGACUACAAUAAACCGGACGAAGUGUUACUAUUCAAUCAGGACGAUCAAGUCAUGGAGGGCUCACUCUCGAACGUUGCGUUCUACCGAGAUGGCGCGUGGGUCACCCCACAUGACGAGGCUGGGGGAUUGAACGGCGUCAUGAGGCGGUGGUUGCUCGAGCAAGGGAGGUGGAAGCAGGGUAUGAUACUGCGGGGACAAGUUAGUCGGGGCGAGUGGGUCCUGCUGAGUAAUUGCUUGCGGGGGUGUUUUGUCGGGAGGAUAGAAUCAUAG